UAGUAGAAUAAAAAAGAACCCUACAAGUCCUCCCGAAGCAAAGUUUCCCUUUUGAGUUUACAAACAGUGUGUGAACACUUUUCCACAUCCCUUUCUUUCCCCACUCCACAAGCUUCUUUUUUACAUUCAUCCUCAUUUCAUUGGCUAGCCACGAUUUUCAGCAUAACUGAAAACAUCAUUCUUUUAUUAACUAACUCAUGAAUUGAGAGAAUCUAUCCCAAGACCCAAUUACCUUCUUAUGUUUAACUUCUUUUACCUACUAAUUCUAGCUUGCACAUAAUUCAUGUUUUGCUUUUUUGUAUGAUGGAUUCUGCAUUUUUGCUUUCUGAGUGCUUUUGAAGCCCACAAUCUUGAUGGGACUUGUUUUUACCAAAUGGUCAUGCACAUUUUUACUCUGUUGUUUUUUCAUCACUUCUGGAGUAUUUUCAGGUAAGAGGAGGGUUUACAUGGAGUUUCUAAAGUUAGAGGAGUUAACUUAGGAGGAUGGUUGGUUAUUGAAGGUUGGAUUGAACCUUCAUUGUUUGAUGGCAUUGCCAAUGGAGACAUGCUUGAUGGGACAGAGGUGCAGUUUAAGUCGGUGACAUUGCAGAAGUAUGUAUCUGCAGAGAAUGGUGGAGGAAUGAAUGUGACAGUUGACAGGGAUGUUUCAUCUUCAUGGGAAACAUUCAGGUUGUGGAGAGUAUCUAAAUCAGAAUUUCAAUUCCGUACCACCCAAGGCCAAUUUCUUACAUGCGGUGUUGGAGGCGGCACCGUCUCUGCAACAGCAAAAUUGCCUUCAACAUCAGAGACUUUUGAAGUUGAGCGUAAUGAAAAAAACAGGAUUCACAUCAAGAUAAAGAAUGGUCCCUAUCUGCAGGCUACAACUAGUAAUCAGCUCACAGCAGACUAUCCAGGCGCACCAGGAUGGGAUGAUAAUGCAGCCACAUUUGAAAUGAAAAUUGUAUCAAAUAACAUACAUGGAGAUUACCAGCUAGCAAAUGGUUAUGACCAUGAUAGUGCAGAAGAUGUUCUUAGGAGACAUAGAAAUAGCUUUAUUACAGUUGAAGAUUUCAAAUUUCUAUAUAAACAUGGAAUAAAUACAGUAAGGAUACCGGUUGGGUGGUGGAUUGCUUUUGAUCCUGAUCCUCCAAGUCCAUUUAUUGGAGGAAGUCUUGAAGCUCUAGAUAAUGCAUUUUCAUGGGCACAAGAAUAUGAUAUAAAAUGCAUAAUUGACCUUCAUGCUGCUCCUGGUUCACAAAAUGGAAUGGAACAUAGUGCAAGUAGAGAUGGAUUCACAGGCUGGCCAACUUCUCCAGAUUACAUUUCAGAGUCCCUACAUGUUAUAGAAUUUUUAAUUUCUAGAUAUGCAAAGCAUCAAGCCUUGUUGGGAAUUGAGCUUUUGAACGAACCAUCUGCUGGCACAGUUCCCUUAGAUAUUUUAAUUUCCUACUACAAGAGGGGCUACCAAAUUGUUCGGAAAUACUCAUCGUCGGCUUAUGUGAUAUUGUGCCAAAGGAUUGGCCUUGCAGAUCCCUUGGAGCUUUAUCAAGCCAACAUAGGAUCUACCAACUUAGUUUUGGAUUUGCAUUUCUACAACCUCUUUGACACAUUCUUUGUUAAUAUGAGUGCCGGGGAUAAUGUUCAAUACAUAUAUAAAAGCCGGGAAGGUCUGUUGCAGGCGUUCAACGAUUCAAAUGGCCCUCUAAUUUUUAUUGGAGAGUGGGUGAAUGAGUGGAAUGUGGCAAGCGGAUCCCAAACAGAUUAUCAGGACUUUGGAAAGGCACAGUUAGAAGUCUACAACGCAGCUUCCUUUGGCUGGUGUUAUUGGACUUUAAAAAAUGACAGGGAGCACUGGGAUUUUGAAUGGAACAUUAGGAACAACUAUCUUCAAUUAGGUAACUCACCCAGUAAACAGAACAUAUACACUUUGGGAUUGUUUGCAUUGGUUUACACUUGGUUUUGUCUUCUUCACUUUUUGUGACAUAACUUUUACCUUAACUGAAAGCAUAUUUGAUGCAGCUGUUUCAUGAUUUUUUAUUUCACUUUUCCAUGUGGUCCAUAUUGUUGGAAAUUGAAGAAUGCAAUAAGAUAGGAUGUGUACCACUUUUUAUUCAUACACACUCAAAUAAAACUUUGAUGUUGGUUGAUAUUCAA